GUGUAGUCAUAGGUAAUAAUUGGGUACAAAUGUAUUAUUAAAAUUGAUAAUACACCUAAUUUUAGAGCGUAGACUUAUCUAAAAAAUGACAUCAAGUUAAUCAUAGCCGUGUAAAUGUUACAAAUUGUCUGAGCACAGAGCUAAGAACGUGUAGAGAAGAAAUACCAUAUGAAAAGCUGAGUUCGUGGCAAAACAAUACAGGUAAUAAAAUCUUUGGACUAUGAGGAUAGCAUUUUAUAAAAUCAUGUUUUUUGAAUUUAAACACUAAAAUAUGUUGCGUGUACCUAGAGAUAUUGAAAUUUUCAUUUUUGUAGUAUCCACUUCUAACGCUCUGGAUUUUUCCCCCCUAAAAAAUGAAAUACUAAACGAACUUAAUCUAGGUUUUAUGUAUGUAAUAAUAGUUUUGACAUGGCUAAAGGAUUAGGAAUAAGAUAAAAUAGCUUCCUAAAGAAUUGGGAGACAACAUGGAUGCAAACACCCAAUUUCCCAUCGUUUGUCAUGAAUGAGACAGGUCUAAUCUUUCCUAGCUCAAGAAGAUACAAUAAUUUUGAAAGGCUCUAACUCGUAACGCUACAUUUUAUUGUGUUUAACAAUACGCGGAAACUGUUCGUUGUCAUGCUCAUUGAUUUCUUUCACCAUUUUAAAUGAAAACAACAUAAAAAUGGUGGCAAAGCGACUUAGGGUUUGGCGCGAGCAUCACAGCUUAUUGGCACAAUUAAAAAUGUGAUUCGAGUGUACAAGAUGUUCAAAGUGUUCUAUAUUUUAUGUUUUGUGUUCAUUGUGGUGAACAGUAAAGAUGUGCAGAAGAAGAGGGAGGGGGGGAGGCGGGGGAAGCUGUUCUCGUUCAAUACCGUCGAUGAGGAUAUUAGAGUGAGGAAGUUUUCACCUUGUCUUAAGCAUACAUAGACUUGUCCAGCUUACUCGCGCAAAACGAUGUCCUUGAAUUAUGGAUCAUCUAAUCGUGCAUUAGGACAUUAAAACAAAAUUAGACUUAAUUAUUUUUCAGUUAUUUUUAUCCGCUAAAUAUGAAGAUUUUCGUUCAAUAUUCCAGAUAGACUUGGAUUUUACAGUUCCUUUCAUUAGCAUUCCGGUGAAAAGAACUAUGAAUUCGGCACACGGCCUUUUGGAUUUCCCAUUAAUAAACAUCAACCCAGCUUCUCUGGCACUGGGCGGUGCCGUCGUUCUGGGCACCAGUAUCGUGGUACCCUUCCUCCUCAAGUACUACGCGUAUGAAGCCAGUGGAAGAUACGCCAGGAUUCUAGAUAACGCAGAAUUCGGUGCUGAUGCAGUCCUGGAUUUCGCUCAGCAGAUGAUGUCAGGCAGCCACGGGUUCCGAGGCUGCCCCCUCAAGAUCGCGUGCUGGGCUGCACAACAGGAGUACGUUAACACAAGAGUGGUCCUCAAUCAUAUUGUGAACAAUCGCCUUCUCUCAUCGAUGGUAAACUCCUCAGCAGUGGAAGACGCGAUGUUGUCAGGAAUGCACGGCCGCAGCUGCAGCAGUUACGGACCCUGCCCGCUGCAGGAGCGCCAUCUACCUAUACUGAUGAACAACCUGGCUGUACUUACUAACACGCCAGGGUUCAAAUGAAUUUAAUAGGAUUUUAGUGAAGUCGAAAUGGGAUUUAAGAUGAGACCUUUGGGCCAAAACUAUACCAAAAAUUAGCGAAAAGAGAAGUUUUAAAAACCUGUCAAUUUCGUUAUUUAAAUAUCUCGUUUCUGCUAACGCAGUGCGGAGAAAUUCUAUUGGCUGUUUAAAAAAAUAUCCUCUCAAUUUCACUUUGGUAGAGUCCAGGCCGUAUUUAUGACCUAAUUAGCUGUCAUUUACUAUAGCAACAGGGUUUGAGUGAUGUUAAUAUUG